AUGGUGCUGCUAACCAUCCUGAAGAAGCUGAAGCAGAAGGAGCGGGAGGUCCGCCUCCUCAUGCUAGGUUUAGAUAAUGCUGGAAAGACUACAAUUCUGAAGAAGUUUAAUGGUGAAGAUAUAAAUACAAUUUCUCCAACAUUAGGAUUCAAUAUUAAAACACUGGAGCACAGAGGAUUCAAGCUGAACAUGUGGGAUGUUGGAGGACAGAAAUCUUUGCGAUCCUAUUGGAGGAAUUACUUUGAGAGUACGGAUGGUUUGAUCUGGGUGGUUGACAGUGCAGACCGUGCACGAUUGCAGGAUUGUGCACAAGAACUAGCUGGGCUUUUACUGGAAGAGAGGUUAGCAGGAGCAACAUUGCUGGUUUUCGCCAAUAAACAAGAUUUGCCCGGUGCAUUAUCAAAAGAUGCCAUCCGAGAGGCAUUGGAGCUGGAAAACAUUAAGACCCACCACUGGUGUAUACAAGGAUGUAGUGCAGUGACGGGAGAUAACCUCCUGAUAGGGAUAGACUGGCUAUUGGAUGACAUCUCCAGCCGAAUCUUUACAGCUGACUGA